AUGAACCAUCAAUAUCUACACCAAAAUGAUGUGGAGAGGCACCUAUUGCUCAAUGGCAUAUCCAGUACAUAUACAAGGUGGAUAAAUCAUGGAGAGGCCACCGCUUUUCAUGUUUUGGAUGAACCAGUUCAUGAGGAUGAAAAUGCUAAUUCUGUGAUAUCUGAGGACACUAAUGGCGACGGACUUGAAGGGAUGUUAAGGGACCUCGUCAACAAUGAACAUGUAAAUGAUGAUGGACAUGAAGAUGGAAACCCAUCCAAUGAUGCUGCAUCACAAUUCAAACAUCUGAUUGAAGAGGCUAAGCGUGAGCUAUAUUCUGGUUGCACCAAUUUUUCAAGGCUCACAUUUGUAAUUAAGAUGCUCCAUGUGAAGUCAUACUACAGGAUCACUAACUCAGCAUUUUUGGGAAUGUUGAAGAUCUUGUCGGAUGCUUUCCCAGAGUUCAACACUAUUCCAAAAUCAUAUGAUGAAGCAAAGAAAAUGCUUCGUGAAUUAGGACUUGGUUAUAUAUCAAUUCAUGUGUGCCCGAACAAUUGUGUGCUAUUUAGAAAGACAUAUGCAAAAUUAGAUAAUUGUCCAAUUUGUGAUGCAUCAAGAUGGAAAGAUCUUGAGAAGAAGAAGGUUCCUGCAAAAGUAUUACGGCAUUUUCCAUUAAUCCCUAGGCUACAAAGGUUGUUUGUUUCCAAGAAAUCAUCUGAAGAAGUACAGUGGCAUAAGUUGAAGAGGAAACACAAUGAGAAGCAAAUGACCCAUCCUGCCGAUGGAAAGGCAUGGGAAGAUUUUGACAAGUGCUGGCCUGAUUUUGCUGAAGAUGCACGAAACCUAAGACUUGGACUUGCCACAGAUGGUUUCAAUCCUUUUAGCAACAUGAGUUCAUCUUAUAGCAUGUGGCCUGUUUUUGUGAUUCCAUACAACUUACCACCAUGGUUAUGCAUGCAAGAAUCUAAUUUCAUGAUGGCUUUGCUAAUUCCUGGUCCUCAUUCACCCGGGAAGGCCUUUGAUGUUUUCUUGCAGCCUCUUGUGGAAGAUUUACUUGAGCUAUGGUCUGGUGUGGACACUCUUGAUGCUAUGACAGAAAAAAGUUUUAAGCUUCGUGCUGCAGUGUUGUGGUGCAUUCAUGACUAUCCAGCACUGAGUACUCUAUCAGGGCGUACCACAAGUGGUUACUUUGCUUGUCUCCAUUGUGAUAAAAAUCCUCUAUCCUAUGCCAUAAGGGGCAAGCUAUGUUAUAUUGGGCACUGUCGUUUUCUUCCGAGAGGUCAUCGCUUGCGCAAAGCCAGUGAUUUCAACUCUCUCCAUGAUAGUAAUGCAAAGCCAGGUACUUUCACUAGAGAAGAGUUGCUAGAAGAAUUAGAAAAGGUUAAAAAUGUAAGAGUUGGACAAAAAAGGAAGCGUUCUGGGAAUCGUGUGCCAAUUUGGGGUAGAAGAGUUUGUUUGUGGGAGUUACCAUAUUGGUCAUCUCUGAAGCUUAGACACAAUCUUGAUGUCAUGCACAUUGAAAAAAAUGUGUGUGAAAGCCUGCUUGGUACCAUUGUUGACAUAAAAGGGAAGUUAAAAGACACAGUUAAUGCAAGGAUUAUGCCUGCUGGGCUAAGGGGGUUGUUGGACGAUGAUAUCUAUCAAACAAUUGCUGAGUUAGGCAAAUUUUUCAGGGAAUUGUGCAGCCAAAGACUGAACAAAGAUUUGCUGGCCCGAAUGAAGACAGAAAUACCUGUCAUAUUGUGCAAGCUUGAGAAAAUAUUCCCCCCUGCUUUUUUUGAUGUAAUGGUUCACCUUGCUAUCCAUUUACCAGAUGAGGCCAUCCUUCGUGGACCUGUGCAAUUUGGUUGGAUGUAUCCAAUUGAACGGCGCUUGUAUACUUUGAAGAGGUCUGUUAGGAACAAAGCACGUCCAGAAGGCUCAAUUGCAGAGGCUUAUGUUGCAGAAGAAGCCCUCACAUUUUGUUCCAGGUACAUGGAAGAUAUGGAGACAGAGUUUAAUCGACUCCCAAGAAAUGUUGGAUUUUCAAAUCAAUCAGCCUAUACUGUUGAUGUUUUUGGGCAUGGUGUUAAUCUUAUUGGUGCAUGUGAUCUUUACUACUCUGAGGAAAUAGAUCAGUUGGUUUGGUAUGUUCUCCAUAACUGUGAUCAAGCCGAGGAAUACAUAAAAAUGUUUCAAGAUGAAUUAUCAGCAUCAGGGGUGGCUGCUGCAGAUCUUCAUAGGAGGACUGCACAAGGCGCUGAAACAAUCCCUUUGCAGAUGUGGAGGUUGAAUGUAUCAGAGGAGGUAAAUGAAGAUUUAUUUGCCUUAGCAUGUGGCCCUGACAUGAGAGUAAGAUCAUACUCCACAUGUGUUGUCAAUGGUGUUAGGUACAACACCGUCGAGCGUGAUAAAAACAAGAAGACCCAGAACUCUGGAUUGACAUGUAAAGGCGCACAGAAAAAUGAGAUAAUUGAUUUUUAUGGUACAUUGAAAGAGAUUAUUGAGUUACAGUAUACCAGCAAGGAUGAUGGCACAAAUCGAUCGGUUGUGGUUUUUAGAUGUGACUGGUACAAAUUGGAUGGUAAGCAUACUGCAGUGAAGGAUGAUGGAUUCUACAAAAGUAUCAAUAUUAGCAGUUUGUGGUAUAAAAAGGAUUGCUUUAUUCUGGCAACUCAAGCAACACAGGUUUUUUAUUUGCCAGAUAAUAAGUACGGAACGAAUUGGCGGGUUGUCCAAACGUUUAAGCAUCGUCAUUUGUACAAUGUGACUGAAAUAGAUGGAGUUGUAUCGACCGCUGCACCCUAUCAAGAGCAGACAUGUGCUGUGGAUAAUGGCAGAAGACCAGAAGUAUCUGACAUUGUACCUAACAUACCUUUAAACCGAGAUGAUGAAGAUGGCCAUGUUGUUGAGGCUGCUGAGGUUGCACUGCUUACAAAGGAAAAUCAAUUAAAUACUAAUAUUGAAGCUGAAGAAGGAGAUGAGGAGGAGGAUGACACACUCAUGGAGUACUGGAGUGAAGAAGAAGAAAUUGCCCCAGUUGAGGUAGAUAGCGAUGAUGAGUAG